AUGCCGAUUGUUCCAUCCUGUCCCUGUUACCCCAUCCCGACUGACCCACCCCGGUUAUCCCACACCGAUUGUCCCAUCCCGCUUAUCCUGCCCCGGUUAUCCCACCCCGGCUGUCCCAUCCCGCUUAUCCCACCCCGGCUGUCCCAUCCCGUUCAUCCCGCCUCGGCCAUCCCACCCCGGCUGUCCCAUCCCGCUUAUCCUGCCCCGGUUUUCCCACCCCGGCUGUCCCAUCCCGUUUAUCCUGCCCCGGUUAUCCCGCCCCGGUUGUCCCAUCCCGUUCAUUCCGCCCCGGCUAUCCCACCCCGGCUGUCCCAUCCCGCUCAUCCCACCCCGGCUCCCCGCGCGGGGCGGCGCCGGCGCCUGCGGGAGCCCCUCCCCGCGCGUUCCCGGCGUGCCCCGCGCGCGAUGGCGGCCCCGGUGGUGGCUCGGCGGUGCGGGCGGGCGGCGGGGCUUUGGGGCGGGCUCCGCCGGGCCCCGCUCCCGCCCCGCCGCCGGGCCCACGAGCAGCCGCGGCGGGCGCGGGGCGCGGGCGGGCUGCUGGCGGCGCAGUGCGAGCGCGGGCUGUUCCAGGAGGUGUUCCCGGCGCAGAGCGCGGAGGAGCAGCUGCCGGCGCUGCUGGCGCCGGGCCGGCCGCCCCUGGCCGCCUACUGCGGGUUCGACCCCACGGCGGACUCGCUGCACGUGGGGCACCUGCUGCCCGUCAUGGCGCUGCUGCACUUCCAGCGCGCGGGGCACGACGUCAUCGCCGUGGUGGGCGGGGCCACCGCGCGGCUCGGGGACCCCAGCGGGCGGGAGCGCGCGCGGGAGCCGCUGCCGGCCGGGACGGCGCGCGCGCACGCCAGGGCCCUGCGCGCGGGGCUGGAGCGGCUCUUCCAGAACCACCGGGAGCUGUUCUGGGACCCGGGGGCCGGGCGGCUGGGCCGGGCGGAGCUGCUGGACAACGCCAGCUGGCUCGGCCGGGAGCCGCUGCUGCGGUUCCUGGGCGGGGCCGGCGGGCGGCUCCGCAUGGGCACGCUGCUGAGCCGGCAGAGCUGCCAGGCGCGCCUCCGCAGCGCCGACGGGAUGAGCCUGGCGGAAUUCCUGUAUCCCGCGCUCCAGGCGUACGACUUCCUGCACCUGCACCAGCACCACGGCUGCCGCAUCCAGCUGGGGGGCCACGACCAGAUGGGAAACAUCAUGUCCGGCUACGAGCUCGUCACCAAGAUGACAGGAACAGAUGUGUUUGGAAUUACUGUACCUCUUAUUACCAGUACUACUGGAGAUAAACUGGGAAAGACUGCUGGAAAUGCAGUUUGGCUAAACAGAGAUAAGACUUCUCCAUUUGAGCUGUAUCAGUUUUUUGUCAGACAACAAGAUAACGUAGUUGAAAAAUACCUGAAACUAUUCACUUUCCUACCUCUUGAGGAGAUUGCCCACAUCAUGGAAAUGCAUGCUAAAGAACCUGAAAAAUGGGGCCCUCAAAAACGACUGGCUGCAGAAGUAACCAAGCUUGUCCAUGGCAGAGAGGGCCUAGAAUCUGCUAAGAGGUGCACUAAGGCCCUUUAUUACAGUAGUGUGGAGGCUCUGGAAGAGAUGUCUGACCUAGAGUUACAGGAACUUUUUAGACAAGCUCCUUCUGCUGAACUGAUGCUUGAACCUGGAAUGAGUGUUCUUGACUUGUGUCGCAAAGCAAAUGCCAUUCCAGAUGGACCUAGUGGGUACCAGAAAAUUACAGAUGGAGGAGUUUCAAUAAAUGGGAAUCGUGUAACUAAUCCUGAGACUGUUCUUAUUCUCGGACAACAUAUUCUCAAGAAUGGAGUAUCAUUACUUAGGGUUGGAAAGAAAAAUUACUAUGUUAUAAAAUGGCUGCAGCUGUGACAACAGAGAAUCUCCCUAAAACAACAGGUCAUUUCAGCUCUGCUCCUUGAAAAUGUUUCUGUCCUGUGCAUUACUAUGCAGCUCACCAACUGCCCAAUACCAUCAAUUUUUAAAAUGCACCAACAGAGUUCAAAUAAGCAGCUGAGGUAUACCAGUGAAGAGGUUUUAGAUAUUCUCCCUUAUUCAAAGCACCAUUCCUAAGAGGAGCUGCACAAGAAGACAAUGAAAAGAUUCAUUUCAAAGUCCAAAGAUGGAGAUCUUUGCAUCUCAAAGGAGGCUUCCCCUCCUUUAACAACCAUGUGUUGGAGGCGAACAGUGGCUGGUUACUCCACAGGAGAACCCACAGCAAGACAAGCAAAAUCAUCCUCCAACCCAGGACUUCUUACAGCCAAUGUGUGCUCACCUACCAGAGAAACCUGUGCCAGUGGGCAAGGACAACCAACCUGCAAUCAACAUGUUUGUUCAGAACAGGUUUGCUUUGAAGGAACCUGCAGGAAAUUCACAAUAAAGGAAAAGAAUGAUUAAGCACUAA